AUGAAGCCAACGAUUGUAUCCAUUUUUCUCUAUGCGAGCGGUUCCUUGGCCGCCUUGCAAGAUACAAUCUUGCCAUCCAAGCCGCCCACCAUCACAAGUGAGCCAUGGCAGUGUACCACUGAGAUUCUACCGCAAUACUUUGACCCCCCAAAGCCCACGGGAGCUCUCUUGACUGCCAUACAAUCAUACGGCGACGUGUUGCAAAAAGACUGCAAGCCUACUCAAACAGACAUCUACGGCUUGCCGGAAUGCACAUUUCCCGCGUCCUCGCUCUGGUGCCGCUUUUCCACCGCUGCUCCCUCGUCUCUCCUGUCGAGCUAUUCGUCCUACGGCAGCGCGGCGUCUUCAUGGUGGUCUGCAAAAAGCUCGGCUGCGGUGUCUCUUGCUCGAAGCUGCCCUAUCGGAUGGUACAGAGCCAUGUAUGAUACGCCUGGAGGACCAGGAUGGCUCAACAGCACUUUGGUGUUUGCUGGCUGCUAUGAGGAAGCGCAUCCUACGACUGGCUCUUCGACUAAAGCGACUGCUACGGCGACAACGGGUUCUAAAGCAACUUCGAGUGGUCCUCAACAGACGGCAACGAGCACAAGCAAGUCGAAUAGUGUGGUUGGCCGGGCAGAGCAUGUUGAGAUGUGGGUGGUUGCUGGUACUGGAUUGGCUGUUACCGCAGUGAACUCGAUGUUGUAA